AUGUCCGAACUAAAGGAAUGUCCCUUCGAUCGGUCGCAUCACGUGUCGGCCAAAUCGUUUCCAUUGCAUAUCGUGAAAUGCCAACGGCAGAAUCCAGAUAUCAAACUAGCACGAUGUCCGCUGAACGCAUCCCAUCUGAUGAAGGAGGAAAAGCUGAAGGAACACGUGCGCACUUGCCCAAGCCGAGCCGAAUUCGACGUGUACAGAUAUAAUGUGGCCACAAUGGCUGCCAAUCACAUUUCGCACGAAACCGAUGGGGCCGAACAUCCGAUCAUAAACACCGGUGAUUCCGGAAAAAAUACUACCGGGAAAAAAACGCUACAGGAUGACAGCGAAUGUUGGGAUGAUUAUUCCUAUCAAGCGUACGAUCCAUUAAAUAAUUGCCGUAUGAAAAAACUGGAAAGCAAGAGCUUCAUCGUGCCGAAUCCGAACCAAUUUGUCGGUAAAAGCGUAGAAGCCGCUCUGAUGCGGCAAGAAAUGCAAAACGAAUCACCAAGCCAAAACACCAAGAUAAAGCUAGAAUUUGAUUCGGUCUAUGAUAAAAGCUUUCAAGGAAACGAACCGGACCAGAGCAACAAUUGUGAACAAGCAGAAAUGACUCACGAUUCAAAAACGAUGAUCGAGACAACGUUCGUGCAACACAGCAUGCUAGCUAUCAUAAUUUGUAUGACAGGCAACGAUCAGACAGAAACAAUUUCAAAAGCAGCUAUAUUCGGCAUACUGACGAAGAGUCUGAUAAUUGUUCAUAUAGAAGCGAUUAUACAAAAAGAUAUGAUCAAUAUAGCAAAGGAGAUUCUGACAGUGCUUCAGACAGAAACGAUUAUAAAAAAAGAUAUGAUCAACAUAACGCUGAAAGCUCUGGCAGAAACGACUACAAAACUAGAUAUUAUCGAUAUACCAACGAAGAUACUAGAAGAGCACGUUACGUAUUAG